UCCCUGUCUUUUACCUACGUUACCCUCGGCAUCGUCUAUACGAGUAUGACCUACACGUGCGCGAUACAUUUUCAACUGGGAAUUGAAUUUCCUUGGUAAUUUUAAUGCCAUUGUGGCUGAAGGGGUGGAGAGAGGCACCGAGACAGAGGGGAGUUUCGGAGGAGAAAAUAGCGUCCAGGAACUUUAUUUUGUCGCGUAAAACAAAAGUGGUGCAUUUAAUGCUACUUUAUUUCCGCUACUUCAUUGGAAUACGGAAAGUCCUGAGAUACAAAGCCAAAGCGCUAUAACCACUUAAGGAAGCUUUGACCAAAGUUGCAACAGAAUCUGCGUUGUGGAGUAAAGCGGAUUUCCCCGCCUCAAAGUGCCCCCUGUUAUAUCUUUAUAAAUGGAACCACUCCUAGGGUAUAUGGAAAAGCGACAACCUUUAUCACUUACAGGAUUUACAAUAUUAUACUUCUGUCGAGAAUCGUCAAUCAUUUCUUUAAAACUUCUUCGCACUAUUGUUUACGCUUCGCUUCGAUAAUUUUAGUCAAUAAGGGAAUUGGAUCCAUGUUGUGUAAAAAUUUCAACAUACCUGUUUCAAACAUUCAGAUUGAUAUUUCUCAUUCAAUUGAAAACGCAUUAGUAUGAUACAAACAAAUAUCCAUGAUCAUUUUGUAAAUUAAAAAAUCUACUGCUGUAUUUUCGAAACCGAAUUUAAGUCCUCUUAUCGUGCUAUAAUAUACGGAUAUCAUUUUCAUUUGCAGUUGAUAAAACAGAAAUCUGUUAUAUCUUAUCUGCGAUUUUAAUUCUAAUAUUAGUUCCUACACUCACCACUCCAAAGCGUACAUCUCAUUCAGCGUAUUUCAGCGACAAAAAUGAUUUUUUAACGAUCGGUAUUUCAGUUCAGAACGUAACACAAAAUUCCAUUAAACGCGAGGUCUAUUUUAUACAUUGUCUAUGGUUUCGCCGAAAUCGUAAACGAUGUUUACUGGUUGUCAUUAUUUUCGUCUGUAGAUUUUUAAUAAUUUAAAAUAUGUUAGAAACAGCAUCUGGUAUAGAUAACAACCAGUUAUCCAAAGAAGAUUAUUUAAUUAUGCGUGCGAAAGAUGCAUUAUCAAUUGACAUUUAUGUAGCUAAGUCCUGGUUAAUUACUGCUAGAUCGUUGUUUCCUCACAGUGCUAAAGUUCAGUUCGAAGCCUAUCGGAUCGAAAAGCUUUCAAAAAAUGUGAAGGAAGCAGCAAAAUGUUUCAGUGAAAUAUUUCAGAAUUUUCCGGACGAUCGCGAUAUAUGGAAAGAAAUAGAAGCAGUCACAGCUUGUCUUCGUUUGGAACAAUGCGAUGCCGAAGCAGAAUUUUUAUGCCAAAUGUUCCAACAUAUACCACAAGAACUUCAGCAUAAAUUGCUUGUCAUGACCGCUGAUCAUAGCGAAGAUACAAUGGAACAUUGUAAAUUAUUACUUCUUUUACUGCGUAGAUUUCCUCAAACAAUUGCCACUCAUGGAACACGUUUAGUAGAAACUCUUCUUACCGCGGAGAAACACAGUCAUCCAGGAUGUGCGGUAAACGGAUACAGAAAAUUAUUAACCUGUGACGCACUACCUCUCCUUGGUGCUGCGUCGGUAAUAUUAAAUCCCAGGCUUAGCUUGAGAUUACUUUCUAAAGGAAUAGAAUUUUAUUUGACGUACAUACAGCAGCCGCAAGAUAAUCAGAUUCAACAACCCUGGGACAGACUGUUUCAAGUUGUAGAAUUAAUAGGGAAAAAGUUAGGAUGGGAGUUAUACAGUUUAUUUUCUAUGACUUGGAACAGAGAAGCGUAUUGCGAAAGAUUGCAUCAAUAUGCUGUUACACAUUCUGCUAAUUUAUGCGAGGAAAUGGUAGCUAGACAGCUAUUAAUGUGUACUGUUGCUGUAUUACUAAGAAUAUUAAAUGAACAUACUGCACUGAUUAAUAAUGAUGAAACCAUGUAUUGUUUGGUAGAAGCAUUUGCAGAAUGCGCACAUUCACCCACAGAACCCAAAUUGAAGAAACGGAAAAGGGAAGAUAAUGGAGGAAUCGUAAUAACUAGCGAUGGUGAUUACAGCGGUAAUGGAUUGGCAUUAAACGUGAAGUUAUGGGACUUGUUACAUAGUAGUGAUUAUUUACAAAGAGAAAUCGGCAAACUAAGUCAACAACUCCGAUUAGACUCGUGGCUAAAUUCUUUUUUAACAGAUUUAGCUAUGUAUAAGGGUUUACACCAUGAAGUGUUACCAAGAUUAUCUCAAGAACCAGCUAGUUUAUCUGUUCACCUCCGUUUAGCAAGUACAUGUUUCUUCUUGAAAGAUUAUAAGGCAAUGUUAGAGUAUAUAGUUUUAGUAGUUACUGCAUUACCUUCGGUUUGUAGUAAAGUAUCUCACAAUUUAACCGUUCCAUGUGGAAGACACUUACAUUAUUUGACGCUUGCACGUUUUCCUGUUAUACAGUAUUGUUGCAGAUUAUUGCUUUUAGCAAUAAAGGAAAAUUUCUCUAUACCUGGUGCUGUUGGGGAUUUAGCUAUAGGACAUGCGUUAGUUCUAAUGCAAAUUGAUUGGCCGCAAGAAGCUAGUGCUUUAUCCACAAUUACGGAAAGGAUUAUUAAUCGUGGAACUUUUUCUUACCCAUUAUUUCAGGCUUAUAUUAUAUGUGUAGAUAUUUUAGAAGAGUUAACAUAUCUAUGGACAGAACAUGGAGGUGGUGUAUCUUUAGAUAUAGCUACAGGAUCGGGGAUUCUACAAAAUCGACGUAUUACUACUCGUGGAGCAGAUAAAGGCGUCCGCGAGGAAGUAAAACAAGCAAUGCGCCGACAAGCAGCUCGAGACGGUAUCGAUCCGUUAGAUGAAUUGUUACAAAAGUUUAUUAUCAAUGAAAAAACAGCCAUAUUGCACAGUUUAAUUAUUCAAUAAAUCAAUUUAACCUUA